CUCGCUGCCAUAUUCGCACCAGUCCGUCUUCUUCAACACGUUGAAACAGGGGCUAUCAACGAUCAAAGAAUACAGGAGGAAGAAGGAUUGCUCUGGAUUUGUCAGCACCAGGAGGCGGUCUCGGGGGAAAAAGGGGGUCCAAAGGACUCCGGACACUCGCCUACUCCCAACAU